GCAGAGCCCAUCCACCAUAGCAGUGUGACUGGCAAGACUAGUUGCCAGACUCAAAGUGUGAUCGUAUAGCCAGGAAAUUCGCUCAAUUCUUACUUGCGGUCGAGCCAAGUCCACCUUUAUUUAUUUAAACCGACCCAACCGCGCACUAAGUUUAUUUCUCCUUUCAGUCGCGAAAAGCAGUUUCCCCCCGGCGCCAGAGCUUUUGUUGAGAAGUUCGCGUUCAUCGCGGCAUUGUUUGGGGGCCACACGCCGGUUUAUGUUAACUUUCGCACAGUGUUGGAAGUCGCGCUCGGUCUCUUUAUUCGCUCGCGCGCGUCGCCCCUCACGCGCACUUCGACACACCGCAACAAUUUCUCGCUUUUCGCGAAAAUGGCCGCAACUACGUUCGAAAUGGACGGAAGUGUAAUGGAAGGGGGAGGACAGAUUUUAAGGGUGUCUGCGGCGCUGAGUUGCAUCCAAGGGGCGUCAAUCAAAAUAAAUAAAAUCCGAGCCGGUAGAAGCACCCCGGGUUUGAGGCCCCAGCAUCUGUCAGGGCUCCAGCUGGUGAGGGACAUGUGCAACGGCAAUCUGGAAGGAGCCGCGGUGGGAUCCACGGAAAUCGCGCUGGCCCCUGGGAAGAUCGAGGGCGGGAGUCACAUCGCAGACACUCACACGGCCGGAAGCGUGGGGCUCCUGAUGCAGAUCUCGCUGCCGUGCGCCCUGUUCGCCCGGGGCCCGUCGGAGCUGUGCCUGAAGGGAGGGACCAACGCCGAGAUGGCUCCUCAGAUCGACUACACGCUGAAGGUCUUCAAACCGAUCGCGGAGAGGUUCGGGGUUCACUUCGACUGCGAUUUGAAGAUGAGGGGUUACUAUCCUAAGGGAGGUGGGGAGGUGGUGCUGAAGGUCAACCCCGUGAAGGAACUGAGUCCCAUCAACAUGACCGAAAGGGGAAAUAUCACCAAGAUCUACGGCAGGGCCUUCGUGGCUGGAGUGCUGCCCUUUAAGCUGGCGAAGGACAUGUCCACGGCGGCGGUGCGCACUAUCAGAAAAGAAAUUAAGGAUCUGUACAUCAACAUUCAGUCUUUGCAAGAGAAGGACAAGGCCUGCGGCAAUGGCAACGGGAUCAUAAUAAUUGCAGAAUCAUCCACCGGCUGCAUAUUUGCAGGAUCAUCUCUUGGCAAAAAAGGCGUGUACGCUGACAAAGUCGGCAUCGAGGCUGCAGAAAUGUUGCUAAGAAACAUCAGGCAUAACGGCUGCGUGGACGAGUUCUUGCAAGACCAGCUUAUUGUUUUCAUGGCCUUGGCGAACGGCACGUCCAGAAUGCGAACGGGCCCGAUCACGCUCCACACGCAGACGGCGAUCCACGUGGCCGAGCAGCUCACCAACGCAAAAUUUGUUAUACGCAAAUCGGAGGACGAGCACGCCAACAACGAUACCUACAUCAUCGAGUGCCAGGGAGUGGGUGCCACCAACCCUAAUUUGUGAAGACGUGGAUCCGUUGAGGAGGACUUGUAGCAGAGACACACUACUACUGUAACUGACUGGGUGACGCGAAGACAACGUUAUCUUUCGCGAUUACGAUACGUUUUGAGUUUUGUUUAUUUUUGUUUUUGGGCGCUGACCGCAGAGCCUGUCCGUAUUUGUUCCCUGUUGUGUCCCAUUCAGAAACUUUCGUUGUUACUCAGGGUAUCGCCUUAUACUGUAAUGAAACAGACACUUUGAACUCUUCACGCAAUAUUCGCGGGAUCCUGACCGCUUCUUUUCGGGCAAAUUCGUUUUACCGCACGCUAACACGAGCCUUAACGUUUCAUUAAACCCUUCCGAUGCCGUUAACGAUGAUAACAAUAGCUUAACCAAUUUGCAUGGACGUAGUAAAAUACAUGUAUGUCACUGGUAAAUUAGUGCACUGUGUGUACGAGGAGGAAAACGUUUUUCAUUCAAGUUUAUGGUUCCAUGUAGCUGCUUUUUUUUUUUUUUUUUUGGUUUGUUUUAUUUAAGUAUUUUCUGCAUCUUUUUCGAAAUUUCAUUGCCAUCUUAUUCUAUUUUUCGUCGACAGCCUUAGGUUAUUGCCUUUUUGACUUCGAAAAUGAUUCCCGCUUGGUCAUUAUUUGUAUUUGUUAUUUAUAAGAUGGAAUUUCUGAUGUUUUUGUUUUUUUUUUGCUCAAUUAUUUUUGCCUUUUUUUUGCCAACUUUAGGUGACCAUGUUCUUUUGUAAUUUGCAUUAAGAAAUUGUGGAGGAAAAAAAACACAAUAAAAUAAGAGAUAGACGUA